CUAUAUAAGAUGCAUCCCGAAGCUUUGCAUCUCCUAAACACUUUGACUCUCUUGAGCCUAACUAUCAAUGAACAAGAUAUACCCGAAUCAUCGCCCUCAUCUUCACCGCCACUGCCCUCCCAGUGUCAAACCAUCUGCAGUCCUGUCGUCGAACUCAUGUCGGAAUGCGCAAUCGAUAAAUCGAAAACCCCAACAUUAAAAAGGCGGAAAGAUUCCGCAAUCAGCGAAUCAACAGAUUUGAAGUAUGGCUGUAUUUGUGAAAACAAGUCGUUCGAUGUAAAGGCUGUAAGUGGGCUUUGCGCCAGUUGCCUCAGUCAGAACAGCGGGGGUGGGGGAGAAAAAACCACAGAUUUUUUCGGCAACUUCAUGUUCGAUAGAGAGCUCGGCCAAGUCUUAAAUCGUUGCGAUUUCCCCAUGGGCUCGUACGCACCUUCGGCGACGACAUUGGUGCAGGGCGUAAAGGUAUCGGCGACAGCUUCACCAACGCCCACAGGAAGUUCCAACUCUAAAUCUACAGAGGGAGAUAAUUCUCAAAAGAGCAGCGGUAGUAUCUCGGCAUCGUCGUCUAGCGGGUCGGUAGGGGGAGUGGAAGCUUCACUUGGGAUUUUGGGCAUUGGUUUUCUCAUGGCAACAUUAGGUUAG